AUGUAUCUACUAGAACGGUGCAUGAAGCCAUUGGACCAUUAUCCACCAUCACUCACCAUCGAUGUUUCAGCCAAAAGUAAAGCCACCUCUUCAUCAAAUACUAUUCCGAGGUUCCUACCGCAUCAUAUUGUUGUUGGUUCGUCAGUUGGAGCAGUUGUUCUUCUGAUAACUACAAUGUAUAGCGUCCUGCUUGUUCAUGCACCAAGGAAACAGAAGACACCUCGACCAAGGUAUGGCUAUGAAACAGUCAUGAAGUUUCUGUCUAACUGCCUGAACUUCUCAGAUGAUAAACACAUACGUAACUUGUCUUUUUUAGAACAGCAUAGGGAUUCCCUGCCUGUGCAAAAGCUAGUUUCUUCCUUGAGUAAUGCACAUGGCGAAGCUGCUCACCGUUUCACAUCCUUCGAGAUUAAAGAUGCUACAAACGAUUUGGAGAAGAAAAUAGGCUCUGGAGGUUUUGGAGUUGUGUAUGGAAAAACGAAAGUCGGAAGGGAAAUAGCAGCAAAAGUUCUAACUAGCAAUUCCUACCAGGAAAAGCCAGAGUUUUUCAAUUUCUGA